AUGCAAGAACCUCCAAAGAACAUUGAAGAAUUUUUAAAGCUUCAAAACUUGGAUCAUUGGCCAAAGGAAGCCCAUUUAUGGGAUAGUGAUAAAUUGUUACACGCUAUGAAGAAAAUAAAAGAAGAUAGUUCAUUUACUUCCAUUUAUACACAUCUGUGGGGAAAUGUCCUGCGAGUAGAUGAUGCAGCUAUAGCCAUGGAGUCAAGAUUAUCAAAAUGUUCAAUUCUUUUGAAAAACCAUGCUUCUGAAAUAUUUGAGUGGAACAGAAUAAUUUCCAGGACAAUUUCUCAUGGAAAACUGAAACAAUACAAGGCAUUUCUAAAGAAGUACCAUAAGGAAAACAAAAUAAUGCUUUCAGAUGAAAUGGAGACAAAGAAGGAUAUAGAGGGUUGUGACUUCCCAGGAUUCAGAACAAAUGAGCUUACUCAGCUGCCUAGACAUCUGAAUGCUGAACGAAUUUAUCUUUUUAUUUUAAAGGCCCAUAACUUUGAUGGAAAAGUUUUUAAAAUCUGGAGGACUCAUUUUCUCUCAGAAGCCUCUAUUGCUCUUUUGCAUGAUUGCUUUUGGUGGUGGUUUCUCCAUAAAUUUAAGCCUGACAGAGAAAGUCAAGAUUGCUUGUUUGAUAGAAUUUCAGAAAGCUAUGUGUCACUUUUCAUGAGCAUACCUCUAAGCCGAAAGGAUACAUUCUUUCAGGUGUAUCCUGAUUGUUUGGCACAAGCUAUCUAUGCAACAUUCCAGGAAGCAUUUCCAGAAUCUAGUAAUCUCUUUAAUGAUGAAUUUAAAGAAGAUCUAGGGAAUAAUAUUUUUCUUUGGUUGUCAGGUUUACCACCUCAAAAAGGAUUUUGGACCCACUGGAAACUGAAAGAACUCUCCACAACAACCAUUCAUGGUAGCAGGAAAAUGCCUUCAAAAACUAUAAAGGACAUGAUUGCUAGAAAUCAAGAACACAUAGCAGCUUCUAUAGACUUCAAUAUAACGAAAAUUUUACAGAACCCCAAAGCAUAUACAACACCUGCAUUCAAGGAAGAAUCAAGACCACCAAAACUACCAACAAAGUCACAUUUUAUCAGUAGUGGUCCAGAGUUUCACCGUGUUCUCUUCAAUAUUGGAGGUCAGAGUCCACUGAUUUUAUAUUAUCUUAAAAUGCAUGAGGUAGCUGGUAUUUCCAAAGCCCCUAGACAAGUCAGGAUUAAACUCACUGAAAUACUGAAAGAACCAUCACCUGCACCAACUUAUCGUGAUAUUCUAAAGGAGGCAAAAAGACAAUUUGCAAAGAACCGGAAGGAUUUUAGAAUACUCCAAGCAAAGGCUACCAAGAAACCCUUUGAAGUUAAGAGUGAUUUUGAGAAUUUCCUCCAUCAACUGCGUUUUGAAGCUCUAACGGAGAGAGAAUUUUUGGCAUCACUGUCGUCAUCAUCAUCAUCAUCAUCAUCAUCGUCAUCAACAGAAGACCCUGAAGAAGAAGAACGCCAGGAGAAACCAGAAGUAAACUGUAUUUAA